AUGGCGAACAAGCAGGGCCGCAUCGAGCUGUCCUGCAACAACACGUCCUGCCUCGGGACCGCGGCGCCGGACAUGACGUUCUCGUUGGCUGUUGGGAGCGGCCAGCGGCGGAGGGAGAAGGGCCCUUUCACGCACAACUUCGCGAGGGAACGGUUGUUCAGUGUACCGGCGGCGCAGGAGGAUUGGGACUUCGGUCCGGCCAUCGAGGGGGACAACGAGGCGACCUCGACGUUCUCCGUCCAUUUGGAGAUAGCGAAGGGGCCGUGGCGGUGCUGGCCCCCGCGGCGCGGCCCACUCGGGGGGGGGGGGGCCGCGGCCCACUCCGCCGCCGCGGCCGCGGACGCUGGCGCGGCGAGGCCCCUGCCAGCGGCCACGCCGGCGCUCCCCGACGACCCGCCCGUGGCGCGGAAGCGGUGGUGA